AUGGUUCUGGCAGAUGUCAUUAAACGAUGGAAGCAAAUCAGCGGCCAUGAGGCCUACCUGGCUACAGGCACUGAUGAACAUGGCAUGAAGAUCCAGCAAGCAGCUCUGAAAGAAGGAUUGCCACCGAAGGAAUUCUGCGACAACAACUCCAACAAGUUCAAAGACCUCGCCGAACAUGCCAACAUCUCGCACGAUUUCUUCAUCCGAACCACCGAUCAAGAACAUAAAGAUGUUGUACAGCAGUUUUGGCUUCUUCUCAAGGCUCGCGCACCUGAGGGAUUGGGUCUGUACAAGGGAAAGCAUGAGGGAUGGUACUGUGUCAGUGAUGAGUGCUUCUAUCCUGAAGAUCUUGUCCAGCCAAGCGUUUCUCCUCAAACAGGGCGCAAGAUCAUGGUCAGCACAGAGUCAGGCAAUGAGGUUGAAUGGGUUUCGGAAGAUACGUGGUUUUUCCCGUUGUCCAAGUAUAAGGAGAAAUUGCUUCAGUUCUAUGACGAGAACCCGACAUGGAUUCAACCAGCUCAUCGUAUGAAUGAAGUGCGCAACUGGGUUCAAGAUCAUCUUGAGGAGCUCUCCAUCACUCGCCCUGCAACAAGACUGAACUGGGGAAUCAAGGAUCCCGAAGAUCCCAACAACACUAUCUACGUUUGGGUGGACGCUCUUGUUAAUUAUUUAACCACAUCUGGGUUCGGCACAAAGUGGCAGGUUGGUGAUAAGGACACGGGAAUCUGGCCAGCAGACAUGCACAUCGUCGGCAAAGACAUCAUUCGAUUCCAUGCGAUCUACUGGCCUGCUCUUCUCAUGGCCGCAGGUCUUCCCCUACCUAAGCAGAUCCUCUGCCACAACCACUGGACCAUGUCGAACCGCAAAAUGUCAAAAUCCAUCGGCAACGUCGUCAACCCUUUCUUCGCCGUUCAGCGCUGGAGUCUCGACGCUUUGCGAUACUUCCUCAUGCGAAAUGGCAGUUACAAGGGCGACAUGGACUACGCGAACGAAUCUAUCGCUGCUAUCUACGAGAAGGACCUUCAGGCCAACAUUGGUAACCUGUUCAACCGAAUUUCUCGUGUCAGGAAUAAUAAAUGGAGUACGAUUGAGGCAGUUGAAUUUGCGAAGGCUGGGAAGUUUGAGAACCUCAAAGACAUCUUGCCUACGACUUCUCCUGGGUCCGACUUUUUAAGUCUCGAGAAGAGUCUGCAGUGCCUACCGGAAGAAAUUCGAACCAACAUGGAUAACAAUCAAGUGAACCAUGCCCUGCGGUGUAUCUUUUCGCUUCUCCAGGACACCAACCGCUUUAUUUCAGAGACUGCACCCUGGAAGAUUGUGAAAGAGAAGAAGUCGGAUGAAAAUGCGCAAACCCGGCUCAAUUGGGUUAUUUACCGAUCAGCCGAAGCUCUGCGCAUUGCAGGCAUCUUUCUGCAACCUGUCAUGCCCGAAAAGGCUACCCAGCUACUCGAUGGUCUAGGUGUCAAGCCAGAGCGACGUACCGUCGAGUAUGCUCGCGCUAACGCUGAUCUCGAUUAUGGCACAGGACCUGCUCUUGUGAGUAGACAACCUGAUGCCUUUGGGUCUAUGUUCCCUCCUGUCGCGGGCAUUGAGCUGCCUGAUGCUGAAGUUGUGGCUGGGAUGGAAGGGCCAAAGAAUCGAUUGGGUCGUGUGGUGGCAGCGUUGGCGAAGGAGGCUCAAAAGGCUCUAGAGGCUGAAAAGACCCAACAGGUUGAGACCAAAGAGCCUAAGACUAAGGAAGCCGAGACUAAGGAGGCUGAAACCAAAGAGCCUGAGACUAAAGAAUGA